UUUUUGAGUUGAAUAAACGUGCGAAGAGCUAGACAACAUUUUAUAGAAAAAUAAACAUUUCUGAACGGAAUUAAAUAAGAAACAAUCCAAUAAUGGCUGGACGUGGAAGGGGUGGCAAGACCGGCACCCUCACAGCCGAGCAAAUGGCCAUGUUGGGCUGCACCAAGGAUUUGCCGGUGCAGACGGCGCCGCCUCCCACAUUUCCGCCUGUUUUGAACAGGCCCACUACCCUGGAGACAACUGCCACACAAAACUACCAGCUGCUGUGGAAGGAGGAUUUCCUAAACCGCAUGCGAGACUCCCCUUACUACAUUGUAUCCGCCAGCCAGGAAUCACAAAAGCUGGAAAACAAGGACUGGCGAGAGAAAGCCAUGACUCGCCUGAAGCUCAAGACCCAACCCGAGUUCAAUUACAAAGCCAUGCCCCAGGAGCUAAACAUCUCCGGUCGGAAGCGACGGGCUGCAGAUGCACGGCCCAAGCUGCUGGCCAAGAAGACCAACAUCGAGGACAGGCUUAAGGUGCUGGAGCAGAAGGAACUGAAGUCUGGCGGCGGCGAGCAGGACGAGGUCAAGCAGGAAUCGGACUCCGAGCAGGAGGAGGACGCGGAUGAUCCGGAGGCGGCGAUGGAUGAUGAGAUGGACGAGGACAACGACUAUGGCGCCACAUACUUUGAUAACGGAGAGGCGUUCAACGACGAGGACGACAACCUGGACGAUGGUCCCGUGUACUGAUACUAAUAAAACCAUCGAACUGAA